GCUGGGAAUUGAAGAAACUUCGCUGGGGGUGAACCCGCUAACCUUCACCACAGAGUCUACCCACUAGUUUCUUCUGUCCUUCUGCGACGCUUCUCCCAACAUGCCGUCCUUCUAUCCUCGCCCAAGCCCUCGCCAGGCCCCCAUUACACCGCCCGAGUUCAUCCCCAGCUACCAAACGGGUUGUGGCGGCAUGCCGUAUCAACACACGCAGUACGGCAGGCAGGCGAGCAUCCGCCAACAGGAAGACGGUCAUGACUUUGAGGAUCGCUACGGUCAGCUCGCCAUGGCAUUACCCCCAAUGUAUCCUCAGGCUGGGACCUACAUGAGCGACGCACUCCAGCGCAAUCGAGGUGGGUUCCCCGCCCGGGAAGACAUGGCACCUACGCUGCCUCCCAUGCGCUCGCAGUUUGGUCUGUAUGGCCAUCAGACGACGUACCAGCAACAGUACGCGCAGGAAAGUCAUCAGCGGGUCGUCCAGGCACCCAAGGAAGAGAAGCCCGUCGGGGGAGUGUCCGCCAAGCUUGAUUAUGACAUGGACGUCAUGACGGAUUUUGUCUGCGAGAUGGCUGUCGAUAUCAUCAAACCACCAGAUCGCGGGACGCCUCCCACCUUCCGGAAGUGGGUCCAUCAGGUGCUGUGCGCCACCCGGCUCCCCUCAGCCACCAUCCUGCUGAGCAUGUUCUACCUCUCCCAACGGAUGACGAUGCUCCGUGGUCAGCCCAGGUCCGAGAGUGACCUGUAUCGCCUCCUCACCAUCUCCCUGGUGCUCGGAAGCAAGUUCCUGGACGACAAUACCUUCAUCAACCGUUCCUGGUCCGAGGUCAGCAGAAUUCCGGUUGCUGAUCUGAACCGCCUGGAGACGGAGUGGCUCCUUGCCAUCGAAUUCAGGCUCCACCGUGACCCCACUGAACAGAACGGCUGGAACGUCUGGUCAAGCCAUUGGAAAGGUUAUGAACGCAGUGCCACCGCACGCGCCAACAGGCCCAUCAAGCUCGACCCCAUUGACACUUUCCUGGCGUCACGCCCUACGUGGGUGAACCAGAACAAGCCAUUGCCGGCCUUGCCUACGCAGCAUAGCUAUAAUCUGCCGCCUCCCUAUGAACCCGCUCCGAAGUCUGCGCAGCCUUUGAGCAACAAUGCCCACUACGAGCACUGGCGAUCGGCCAACGACUAUUCUCCCCCGUCCGCCGUCACUACCGGACCCCCUACGCCUGAGUACCUUGGAUCCGUGGGACCGUGGGCUCAGGCUGAGGCUUAUUCCCGGCGCACCAUGUUCGGUUAUCCUCCUCAACCGCAACCGGCCCCUUCGAAGCACUCACAGCACCUUGGUUGGGCUCCAGCUUCAAGUACCCCUUCGCAGCACCAGCAACACACGCAACACUAUGGCUGGGCGCCAAGCGCAUUCUCGGGCCCGUAUACUGCACCCGCCUGGGGCCAUCAUGGAUGGGGCGUCCCUCAUGACAACUGCCAUUGCAUGGGGUGUAUGCAGUACAUGAGGCCGCAGGUGGCCGCGGGCUAGGAGUCUGGUGAACUGACUCCUGGUUGCCGGCUUUUUUUGGAAUACCGUUCCGAGAGUCGACUACAUGCUCUUGUUGGCUAUUCGAAUUGCGCAUGAGAUUACAUGCUCAUCCGGUGUUGCGUAUCUCCGAAGAUAUUCAUAGCAGCACGCGCUUCUUCCCUUCAUCCGCUACAUAUUCAUCGCCGUACUCUGCCCAGCGACAGAGUUGGCCAAAAGUUGU